UUAGGAGACAAAAUAUGUCCAUUUGAUAUUAGUCAAUAAUACAGACCUAUCACAGACAAAUAUCUUCAUCUUCUUCUUCCCAACUUUUGAUCUCUAAAGUUUAAAAUAUCUCUUAUCUUGCUCCUAUUCCAACCGAAUCCAAAGAAAGCAAGUUAGAAUUGAAAAGCAAGAGUGAAAAAACUCAAAUAGUAGAGUUUGUAUCUCCAUCAUUGUAUUACUUGAGCAUGGAUGGCAUGGAAAUGACAAUGGCGCCGGGGCUGUCAGUUGUUGCAAAUAGUCUAUCCAAAAUCCUGAUACAAGAGUACACACUAUUGGGCAGCGGGACAAUUAGGCGCUUAGAAUGGAUUGAAAGAGAGCUGAGGUCAAUGCAUGGAUUGUUGGAACGGGUUGGGCAGCGCAGGUACGGCGAACAGGAACAAGAGUUGAAUGAGUGGGAAGAGAAAUUGAAUGAAAUUGCCCGUGAUGCAGAGGACGUGAUAGAAACUUUUGUGAUAAAAUCAGUCAAGCGGAGGAGGUGGGGGUUUCUGUAUUGGAUAGACAAACACAAGGUUGGGAAAGAACUGGAGAAGAUCCGCAAAAGGAUGAGAGACAUCUCUCAGUCUGGAAUGAACUUAAAUACAAAUAUUGUCAGUGUCUCUAUUGAAACAACUCCAGGAGGAGGAGAAGCAUCAUCAUCGACGACCACCACAGUAGUAGUAGCUAUGGAGAAACUGGAUCACAUUCUCAAUCAAACUAUUAUAGUUACUGAUGAAGAGAUGAUGGAGAUGGUGGAGCGAGUAAAAGAUGAAUUUGUCUACCUGCAAAAUAAUAUAGUGUCGUCUAAUUUGUAUUGGUCAAGAAGUGAAAGAGGAAAUAUGUGGUUGGAAGAGGUGAAGGAACUGUGCAAUUAUACUGAAAGUGUUGCGGGUAAUUUCAUCCUUGUCAAGGAAAGACGGGCUAAAAUGGGUAGGCUUAAGAAGGUCCUUUAUCUAUUAGCCGAUUAUGCUUCUGAAAAUGAAUUUAAGACGCAGCUGAAGUCUAUCAGGACUCGAAUAGGAGAUGCAAUGCACAGAAGUUUGACGUAUGAAGUUGGAGGACAAUUAGACAUGGGAGUGGGAUUAAAAAGAACAACUCCCGUACCAGACUUGUCACAAGAAAGCUUGAUAAUUCUCUUCAUCUUGUUCCUUAUUGUUAAUAUUCUUCUCCACUUCAGCCCAGGGUCCUUCCUGUUAGUAAUCUUUCUUGUUUUCAUAAUGGUCGAUGAAAGAGGAAAAACAUCAAAACGUAAGUCCAUGUCCAGUCUGAAGAAGAAGAAGAAAUGGAAGAGAAGGGAAAAAAGAAGGCGGAUUUUGCGUUUUUUGUUUUCUACUGUAAUUUAUUUUCCGAUUUUCUACCUGUUUCAGUUUCACCAUGUUCUGGCAAUCUGCCUUUUCAUCUUGAGUUAUUCACUUAUUGAAGUUAUUAUGUGGAGUUUGAAGAAGAAGAAGAUAUGUAGGGGAAAAGAAAUAAUAAGACGGUUUCCACGCUUCUUGUUUUCCACUGUAAUUUAUUUACCCGUUUUUCUUCUGUUUCAGUCUCGACCUAUUCUGGCAUCGAUCCUUUUCUUCCUGGGUUAUUAUCUUAUUGAAGUUAGUGUGUGGAGUCUGAAGAAGCUGAAGAAAGGGAAGGGAGGGGAAAUAAUAACAAGGUUUACGCGCUUCUUGAUUUUCGAUGUUAUUUAUACACCGAUUUUCCUCCUGGGUAGCCGUUACCCUGUCCUAACAGCGCUCCUUUUAAUCUUGGGUUAUUCACUUAUUGAAGUUAUUGCAUGGAGUGUGAAUCUGCAGACAUCUAUAGACAGGAAUUUGAAGGUUACACAAAAAUUGUUUUCCACUAUAAUUUAUUUUCCCAUUUCCCGCCUGUCUGUGCAUCACCCUGUCCUGGCAACGUUCUUUUUAAUGUUGAGUUAUUUACUUAUUGAAGUUAUUGCGUGGAGUAGGAGUUUACGGAGGUCUAUGGACAAGAAUUUGAAGUGCGCGGAAAGAUAUUUAGCUCUAAUGCGUGCGUUUUUAAGUGAUAUGACUGAGAGUGCAGAAGGCCUAAAUAAAAUGCAGAGUGUGUGGCUGGGUCAACUGAGUGUCGUGUCUCAAAAUGGUCAAUCUCUUAUUGAUGCUUAUCAAAAAGGUAAGGGUGGUUGUUUGAGCAGAAUUAAGUUUUCCAAGGAUAUCAACUGCUUGUUGAAAGAGAUUCUUGAUAUAUCAGAUAGGAAGUCCAUUUAUGGCAUUGCAAAUAUUCAAAGAACCCAACAAGAGCUUCUACCUUUAUUAACCCCAAUUAGCAGCAUUCAAGAAAGAGAAAUUGAGAAUGAAAUCAUUGCUGAACAUGAUGAAAGUUCCGACGGUACACCAGCAGAAGCUGCCUCCUCCACGUAUCAGCCUGUCAUGGGGCUCAAAAAGAAGGUCCAAUUAAUCAGAGGGGAAAAGGAAUUGAUGGACGCAUUGCUUCUGGAUGCAAAUGAAAUGGGAGAACUAGAUGGAAGAUCCAGAAUCUGGGUGGAGCAAAUGAGAGUUAUUUCCCUUGAAGCUCUAUCUGUCCUUAACAAAUAUGACCGCACAUUGAAUCAUAAGCCAAUUCUCAUCUACAUUCUUAAGUACUGGACCCGACGUCUUGUUAAUAAGAAGAUAGAUGGUAUCAGAAACAAAAUUGAAGAUGCUUCUAGGAGAAGAAAAGCAUAUGGUUUAGUGCAAAUUCAAAGCCGAGUCGUACCCAAGGUUAAAAUAUUACGUGCAAGGAUGCAAUCGUCUCUCGCUGCCAAGGAAUCUAGUGUGGUUGGAUUUGAUGAUGACGUGGAAGUUCUGAUGGCUGAGUUACUGUCUGAAGAGAAAUGUCGAUGCAUAACUUGGAUUGUUGGAAUCGGAGGCACAGGUAAGACAACACUAGCCAAGUUGAUAUUUGAAGACAACACUGUUGUAGAUCAUUUUCAGCGUCGCGUAUGGAUGUCACUGCCUUCAAAUUGUACGGCAGACCAGUUUGUUGCAGAAAUUGGCAAGGAAGCCGCCGAGAAAACUAGCGUAGAAGAAGAAAACAUGUCCACUGAUUAUUUACUCACAGCCUUGGCACGUACAAAGUACCUCAUAGUUGUUGACUGCAUAAAAGAAACAUCCAAAGUAUACUUGGAUACCUUGAACAGGGCCAUACCCGAUAUGUCAACAGGAAGCAGAGUUCUUUUUACCACUCGCAAUGCAAAUGUAGCCCAACAUGCAGCAGGUACAAUAUUUGUUCAUCCACUACAGUUAUUAGAUGACGAAACUAGUUGGCUGUUGUUCACAAGACGUUUGAAGGUUGACAUUUCCCUAGAGUCACAAACAGAACUUAUCAAGAUUGGAAAACAAAUUAUGAUGAAAUGCGGGGGGCUGCCAUCACAAAUAUUGAAAAUGAGUGAUUUGCUUUCACAUAAGGAUGUUACACGUGAGGAAUGGCUAAGCGUGCUCGGAGGGCAGCAGCUCAAUGAAAAUCAAAUACAAACUUGGUCUGAAACGCUUGACACAAUUAAUACAAACUUACCUUAUUAUCUGAGAAGAUGUCUAUUUUACUUUGUGCUAUUCCCUGCUGAAUUUGGGAUCCCUGUCAGAAGGUUGGUUGUUUUGUGGGUUGCCGAGAGUCUGAUUCAUCAAGCAGAAGAUGACGAAGUGCCUCCGGAGCUCGUUGCAGAAAGGUACUUGACAGAGUUGAUAGAUCGGAACAUGGUCCAAGUAGCCAAGAGAAAGCGCAAUGGAAAGGUGAAAACAUGUCGUCUCCCUAGUGCUUUGCGGCAACUCUGGUUGUCAAAGGCUAACGAGUCCAGAUUUCUACAAGGUCGACGAUCUGCCGCGGAUUCGAGUGCAGACCCAAAAAAGUUCAUUAUUCGCCGGGUUGCAGAUCAUCUUGAUAAAGAUGAUAUCUGGAACGAUCACAUUCAUGGUGACAGUACUGAUUCAACAUCCUUUCAAAGCUAUUACAAGGACGUUCUCUCCUUUCAUUCCUUUGAUACUCAAGAGGGGAGUAAACCUGGAAAACAAGUGGGUAACUUUCUCAAGGGAUGUAUUUCAAGUGAUUGCUUCUUACUCCUUCUGGUGCUUGAUCUUGAACGCGUUUACAAACCCAACUUGCCUAAGCGCAUAUCAAGACUUACCCGGCUAAGGUAUCUUGGCUUGAGAUGGACCUACUUAGAGUCCCUUCCAUCAUCUAUAAGCAAGUUGUUGAAGCUGCAGACACUUGAUCUCAAACAUACUUACAUACAUACUCUACCUACCUCAAUCUGGAAGAUGGAACUGAGACACUUGUUCUUGAGUGAGACUUACCGCACCAGAUUUCCACCUCAACCAAAAGGUAAUUCUCUAUCUGACCUCCAAACAUUGUGGGGACUGUUUGUGGAUGAGGAGACUCCGGUGAAGGGUGGCUUGGACAAAUUGGUCAAUAUCACAAAGUUGGGAUUAGCAUGCCAAUCAAUGUCACUAAACCAAGAGCCGAUGAUAGCUCAACUUGAGACGGUAUCUGACUGGAUUACAAAAUUAGAAUAUCUUCAAUCGUUGAGACUGAAAUCUAGAGAUGAAAAAGGUCGACCUUGGAAUUUACAAUUGAAGUCCUUCGAAAAUAACGUAUAUCUCACCGACAUGUAUUUGCUGGGAAGCUUGAGCAGUGCAUCUAUUCUAUCCCAAUUUCCACUGAGUCUCAUUGAACUUACCCUAUCACAUUCAAAACUGCAGGAGGAUCCGAUGAUAAUUUUGAAAGAUUUUCCAAAUCUUCAGACAUUGUCUUUACUAGCAGAUUCAUACACGGGGACAACUAUGGUAUGCAAAUCUCAUAGCUUUCCUCAGCUUCAUGUAUUAAAUAUUUGGAAGCUGGAGCAAUUAGAGGAAUGGAAGAUAGAGGCAGAAGCACUCCCUUGUCUCAGACAACUAGAAAUCAGAUCCUGUUGCCAUCUGAAAAUGCUUCCUGAUGAACUAAAGCAUAUCAGCACUCUGCGUGAGUUAAAGUUAACAAACAUGCCAAGAGAAAUCAAUAUUGAGACGUGUAACUUUCCACCCAAUUGUCAAGUUGUCCAAACUCAUUUUCAGUAGAAUAUAUCUCCCCCACUGCACAGCACGUGAGCAUUUGGAAUUUAUCUACUGUGGGUUGUUCUGAAGGAAGGAUUGCAUAUCAACAAACUUUGUCAACUUAGUUGCUUACCGUGCAAAUGGAACUACUACUCGCAUGUCGUUGUUGAAGAAUAAAGGAUGGUGAACUGAUAGCGAGUUUUAUUUUUUAUUUGAAGCAUGUGUAUGUUUUAUAUGUAUGAAGUUUAAGUUUGUUUGUAGAAUUGUUUUCUAUGUAUGGUUUGUAUUUUGGCAGUGUUGUGUGGACCUAAUGUUGUGAAAAUACUUAUAAAAUAAAGGGUUAAAUAUGUUUUUAGU